CAUGAAAUUUCUUUCAAAUUAUUUCAAAAUGUCAGUCAAAUUAAAAAUUAUUUUGUGUUUUUGUUUUCUAUCCCUGUUCGUGGAGAUUUCGAAAGUGAACUGUAAUUCAAAUAACAAUACCGUCAAAAUACAUUCAUUGUCCUCCAAAACUAAUAGUAGGGAUACGAUUCAUCGAAUAAUCGGAGGCUAUAGGACAGACGAGCUUUCAUUGGCCAAAUUUUUGGUAUCAAUAAGGACGAAGAGCAUAUUCCUUGACUUGUUUCCAUCUUACUUUGGUACUGAUCAUAUAUGUGGCGGAUCAAUUUUGAAUUCCCAGAUGAUCUUAACGGCGGCCCAUUGUUUGGUAGAGGGCGAAGAAGCUGUUACCCCCUCUAGUCUCAAGGUGGUGGCUAAGACUCCCAAACGUUUAAACAAAGUGCCACAAACGGAAAUUCUUGCGGUCAAGAAGGUUUUAAUACAUCCCCUUUACGAUGCCAAAGAUUUUCACAAUGACAUUGGUCUCCUAAAAUUGAAGGAUGAAAUUACUCUGGAUGGUAUUUGGGCUGAAAAAACACGUUUACCAAAUAUGGGACCCAUUAUCCAUUCAAAAUGCACCGUCAUUGGUUGGGGCUGCAUGUUUGAGGGUGGACCUUUGUCCAAUGACAUUUUAUAUGUUGAUGUAAUCAUUUAUGAGCCAUCAUUCUGUGAAACAUAUUUCCCCGCCUUGGGAGAAAAAAAGAUAUGUGCCGCCGAUAAGGAUAGCCCCGAAAUGAAUGUUUGUCCUGGUGAUUCAGGUGGACCAUUGUUUUGUAAUGAUGUUCUGACUGGCAUUGUUUCAUACAAACAUGAUGGUGAAGAAGAAUUACCCGCGGUGUACACAGAUGUGUUUAGUCAUUUAGAUUGGAUCGAUAGAAACAGUGGCUGUGAAUUGUACUUCGUGUGCGUGUGGACAUGGCUUAUUGAUUUAAUAUUGGUUGUAUUAUUAAUUUGAAAUAUAUUCUGUAGAACUCGA